UGCGAUGUUGAACAUAAUUUCUUCGGCAUUUUAGCAAAAUAUAUGAGAUGAAUAAAAAAUUAAAAAUAAUAUGAAAUCAUAACGAUGAUAAAACCAAAUUAUGCAUGGUAUUUGGCAUCUCGUGACAAACGGGUUUACUCCUACAAAUCUUUGUUUCUGGUUUUUAGCUUUGCUGUUUACAUCAUAAACGUAUCGAUGAAAAUAUUGUGCACACAUAUGACAAAUUUAAUUCGAAAGUUCACAAUAAUACAAGCAACUAACGAAACAGAAGAUAAAACAUGCAAGAUCACCGUAAGACAGGAGAAGGUUCCUAGAAGAAUACUACACUUCAGUGAUGGAACAUUGGAAGAAUAUAGUUCUGAUGAAGAUGAACCAGAUAUACCUGCUCUAGUAACUGCAGAAGUACAACCGAGUAUGCUUCCAUGGGGACCCUGGAUUUGGUAUCACACAGUAAAUGUUGGUAGAAAGUCAUUGCAAGUUUGUGAUUACAUGGGUGAACACCUUGCAAGCAUUCUUGGAAUCACCACUCCAAAGUACCAAUAUGAGAUAGAUGAAUACAACAGCAUAAUGGCUGAAGAAGAAGAAAGGCAAAAGAAGAAGGAAUUGGAAAUGGGUGGCUGGACAGGUACACCAGCAGAAUCUGAAGAUCCAAUUCAGGUUCCACCAGCCCAGGAGAAUGACACAACACACCCCACUGCACAGAGAGAUUCAAAUGUGGAUGAAAACAGAUUUUAAGUUUCUGUCUUAGCCUCAUAUUUAAAAUUAAUUAAAUUAAAUAAAUUAAUAACUUAAUAUAAUUUAUUUCUGCAGAAUAUAAUAUUUAUACAGACUCUUGAGUUAGUUCCGCCAAGUGAUACAUAGCUGGUUGUUUUGUAAACAUAGCUUCAGAUUUUUCAAAUAAAAAUGAAUAAUAUAAUGAUACAGUAGAACCAUUGUACAUAAAUUAUUAAUACUGCUUUCAGCAAAUGUACAUAUUAACUUUUGAAACACACCUAUUAUUAUAUUCAUCUGACAUUUCCAGUAGUGUCACACUGAAGACCUAAACAUGAACAUGACUGAAGGUAUAUUUUUGCAUGGUUUAAGCUAAUCAUAGAAAUCAUAAUUUUGUACACUUAAGGUCCUAUGUUACUUGUAUGUGUGGGAAGUGAAGAAUUCCAUGUAGCCAUAGGAAACCAUAAGCUUUUUCAAGUGGCAUGGCCCAGAGCAGUGAACCUGAAUACUGGAUUGUACCAUACCAUUAUCCUGUCAGAGCGGCAUAUGUAUGCUUAAUGUCAUUGCAUAUGUAGCAGCCACAAGUUAUGUAAUUUGUAUGAUACUCUACAUUAUAUGAAACUUCAAAGUAAUUUAAAUGACAAAUGAACUGCAAGAACAGUAUUAAAUAAAGUGUUACAGAGAACCAUGGAUAAAUGAGAUUGUGUCACCAUUUUAUUCUGUUCUUGCUAUACACAGUGAAAAAACAUAUUUCUGUGGUCAUGUUUCCCCCCCAGUUGUGAGCCCUGAUAGCCAUUAAAGUGACUAGCUACAGACUGAAUAACCAUGAUUUGAUUCCCAUAAUGGGUACAGAUGUUAUUCUUCAUUACGUUAUCAAGACCAUGCUAACUGAAUCCCCUGUUACCAUGUCAUGGUGUCCUUAGGUUGCUGAAGGAGGAAAUGACCCAUUAAAUUACAGUUUAUGGAGGCAUUGUACAGUAUCUUCCCCUACUUGCCAUGUAGAUUUCCACUUGAGGCUUUGUUCCUACUGUGUGACAUCACACCUAACAGCUACUGUAUUUACAUCAGCACCAACUGCAGAAUUUUGAAAAACCAGUGCCAACCUUCAAAGCUGCGGCACGGUGUGCUAUGCAUUUGAAACUGUAGGAACAUCAGACAUGUGUGCAUAUGUAGGAUUCCCCAUCCAAAAUGGGGGACCUCCCCCACCAAAAUUUUUAAAAAUAAAAUGCCAUAUGCCUUUAAAAUUGGAGGCACACCAGUGGGAUCUGCGACAUGUGGAGCACACCCAUGUAGCCAUUCAUAUCACCCGACCCAACUUCAGUUUCCUUCAGAAGUGUCCCUGGCAUAUGUUAUUUCUGUAACCAAAGCUCUAAUACUACUCUUGCGUGAACACCUUUGUAUGGCUGUAGUUCAUUACCAAAGCAUUUCCAGACCCAAAAUACUGAUGUGAUAAAAAUAACCCAGUAAACAGAACCAAUUAUCUCCAUCUGAAAAUGGUUAGUGUAAACACCAUACCUACUGCUCACUUUCAGUGUGUAAUCCUUAGGCAUGGACAACUUUCUAGCCCACUCUCCUUAUUUUAAUAAGGAAAGACAGGUUAUAAUGACACCUGCUAUGUUGACUUGCAUUUCUCCACCUUUGCUCUUGGAGAAACCUACAUCUACAUUUGCUUGAGAAAGUCGUCAGAUUCCCAGAUAAGAAACACUGAACUGUAAAUCCUCAUCCUGGGUUGAGGUUAGGUUCCUUGAGAACAGUGUACUAAGUAAAACUGUGUUGAACAAACAUCAGUAUCUUGUGGGUCAAGUAGGAAUAGGUGAACACGGCUACAUAAGAUCUCCCAUGAGUGACUAGAUAUGUACAUCUUUUAUGAACACAAAAGAAAUGGACUUAUCUACACUGCUUUAAGUUACACAGGUCUGCAAAAAUAUUUUUUUUUCAGCUGCAUGGAAUAUUUUUGGUAAACUUUGUUUUCUAGGAUGAUGAAUCCAAAAAUGACCUCAAUUCCCCCUAUCACGUACGGUUUUUUGGAAAAUAAUAGGGGUUUACAAUAAAAAAUCCUAACAGCGAUGAAAAAAAUCACUAUUUUAUUACAUUGAACUAAACAUAUUAUUUCUCAUAAUUAAACAUGAUUCAUGAUAUGUUUAACAUUGUGUGUUCAGUCUUUUUGCCUGUGAAACCUUUUCUUCUUCUCUUUGAUGCUCCUCUGAACAUGCUUUCGCUUUCCAUUUUCUGUUUCCCGCUUGAUCAUCCAGCAGUAGUCAGCUAGCAUAUUCGCAUUCCAUCUUCCUUGGUAGCAUCUUUCGAUAUCACGGACAUCCUGAUGAAAUCGUUCACCCUGCUCUUCACUAUAGGCUCCUAAGUUUUUGGGAAAAUAGUCGACAUGGGAGUGUAAGAAAUGAACUUUUAAGCUCAUCUUGGAACCUUGAGCUUCAUCUGCAGCCAACAUGCGUUGUACAUUGGUUUUGUAGAGAGGGUUUUUAGUGUUCCCCAAAAACUUGUGCACUACAUCUUUGAAGGAGUCCCAUGCUUUUUCUUUUUCUCCCAUUGUUUCUGAAAAGGGGAUCGGUUAACAGUUUUCGUAUAUCGGGACCAGUAAAAACUCCCUCUUUCAACUUGGCUUCAGACAGUUUUGGGAACUUGGAACACAAAUAUGUGAAACAUUCUCCAUCUAUUGGCAGUGAUUUUACACUCUGCUUCAUGAGCCCUAAUUUAAUAUGAAGAGGUGGUAAGAAAACCUUUU